ACUUGAGGCUGACUGUCAGUGUUGAGAGGUUCUGCAGUGUCUGUCUAUUCAAAUAUGAGAGGAAGGAAGCGACCCACACGACAUGUGAAACAGGAACACACAAAGGCCAUGUCUUUAUAAGCGCCGCAUGAAGUCGAACACGAGCUCGGUGACGUCACUGAGCAGGCGCGUCGUGAGUUUGACAGGCGGUUGCUAGGACGGUUGCUAGGGACUCCAAAUUCACAGCGGCUCUUUCGGACAACAAUGAUCAAUAAUAAUCAGAAAGAACCAGCGCACGUGCUGCUGUUGAGAAGACCACGACCUCCUCACAAGAUAACGCGCGCGCCUCACAACACAGAAGAGCCUCGUGUGUGUCGAUUUGGCCCGAAGUCACCGGCACCCAUGACACUGGCCAGAAUCACCAGAGGUUUCCCUUCUCACGCUCAGCGCACGGCAUCCAAAGUCCCACAUCUGUCCAGACCGCCGCCUCUCUUCUGCCUCAAUGACUUCCUGCAGAUGAGCCAAUCAGCAUGUGGCUCUCUGACGGAGCUCAGGAACGCUGUUCUGUCCACCUGCAACUACAAGAAGCUGCUGGAUUUAUUUCUAUCAGAGCUGCACAGAGGGGCUCAGUGUGAAGUAACCAAUCAGAUUGUGAGCUGUGAGGGACUGACACACAUCAAACGCAGGAUCCCUCACACACACCUCAUCUGCGAGUUAGCAGCCAUGAUUCAGCUGGAGGCCCGAGCAAGGAAUUGUGGGAACACAACAGAAGUGUGUGAGUCAGUGGAGGAGCUGUGGGGGUCACCAGAGAGAGAGAGUGACACACACACACAACCCCCCCGCCGGCCCUUCUCACACACACGUGAGACUGUCUCACCUCUCAAUGUUUCACCAUCAGCGAUUAAGAUCAACGUCUCACUCUCUGCGUGUCUGUUUAUCACAGUACAUCAAGUUCUCAACUGUGUGACCAGUAAAUACUUCCAGGGAUCUCGCCGCAUGCGCUCGCCGUUCCGGGCCGGAGAGGAGUGUGAUGUCAUCAGUGCGUCUGAGCUGGCUCUUCUCGACUGUCUCACACGAGGAGGACUGAACCUGAGCUUCAAGGUGACACACGUGUGUGAGAGUGUGUGUGGGAAGCGUAAACCCUACGGUGACGGUGAAAGAUGGCAAUAUCCAAAAUCCUUGUCCUUGUGGGGACAUUUUUUGGUCCCAAUGAGGAAACAAGCUUAUAAAUCAUACAGAAUCAGAUUGGCUUAAUAGGACU